GAGGAGGGGGCGGGGUUACAUUUUUGUUUGGAGGGAGGAGAUGGGAGCGCACAGGAUGAAUCAACUAGGAUGCAAAACCCAAGCAGGACAACGAAACCACGAAUAACUGCUCGAAUUUCCGCCCCGGCAGCUAUCCUACCUAGUGGGAUAGAGCAUCUUCCUAACAGCCAAUCGGCGUGCACGGGAUGAGGCAAACAGCGCGCGCUACAAAGCGCCGCUGUUUUUAAAGCCCAAUCGCAAGGGUGGGGUCACAUUUAUGCGGGCGCGAAUGCGCAUUUCUCGCCCGAGGAGGAUGAGGAGGAGGAGGACGACGACGACGACGACGAGGAGGAGGAAGGAGGAUGAGGAGCACGGGGGGGUGGUUCGGAUCGGACCGGAUGCUCGCGGAAUCCACAGUGCCCGUCAUCGAGAAAUUACAGCGCAAGCACACGGGAACCUGCAACUACUGCUAAUCACGAGCUGGGUUGAGGACUCUUACGUUUCCCGCGGACCACGGGGAUGAGGAGGAGGACAGGCGAUAAUCCAGAACCCCGCGGCAAUUUUCGGUGUCGGGCGAUCCACGACGCCCACUCGUCGUACUGAUCGGCCUUCACGAGCUCAUCGAGGGCCUCUGCAGCGGCCGUCCGCUCGAUGAUCUCGAGCGACAGCCUGAGCCCGUCCCGCAAUCGGUCCGCGGGGCCCUCGACGAUCAGCUUCCUGACCGAGUCCCGGUCGCGCUUCCGAUGGGGGCCGUCGGCCAGCACCCCGCCUGCCAGAUCGCGUCCUGGUCGGCCUUGCACAGAGUGCCGGCGCGCACCGCGACGGGGCCCAGGCGGCACGUCGCCGCCAUCCCCGCUGCACUGCUCGGGCCAGGCGGGGGAGGAGGCGGGGGCGGAGGAGGAGGCGGAGGAGGACCUUCCCCAGGGGUAUAGUUUUUUCCCCACAUCCUGAGUGGGGUUCUUGU